UCUGAUAGACCAAUCCUGAAGCUAGAAUAAAGCUUGAUUAAAAAAAAAGAAAAAAUAAGAGAGAAAGCAGUAGAGUAUUUUUCUUUUGGAUAUAGCAUCAGUUCACAUUCAUUGUGAUCAGCCAAUUGAAGAAACAGGAACAACUAGCAAAAUGGCCCAAGAUGGAAUGUCCAGAGAAGAAUAUGAGGAGUAUCAGAAGCAGAUGGUGGAGGAAAAGAUGGAGAGAGAUGCAGAGUUCAACACAAAAAAGGCAGAAAGGGCUUGUCUGAGGACUUGUUUAAGAGACAAAUAUCGACUUCCAAAGAGUGAACAGGAUGAGAUUAUGAUUCAGCAGGCCGGAGAUGACAUUGACGUGCCAGAAGAAAUGAUCAAGAUGGUGGAUGGAGAAGUGCCGCAGGAGGAGGAGGAAAAGGAGUCCAUCAUGGGUCAAAUGCAGAACCUUCAGAACAUGGAUAUGGGGCAGCUCAAAGAAAAGGCUCAGGCCACGUUUGUGGAGAUGAAAUCCAAGGCUGAGGAGAAGUGCACUGUCAUGUAAUGUGACGAGGAAGUCAAAGUCAUCUAAUGUUGAUGACUUGCAUUUGCUUUUGCAGUGAAACUAUUAAUUUUCGUUUUCCUGAGAAAUAUUGAUCACACUUUAAGAGAUGGAUGUCAUUGUUCAGAAAUGGAUUUGUGAAUUUAUUCGAAGUUCUUUCAGUUGGUUUCUUGUUUUCCUUUUUAAUCAAAUUCAUUGUUUUUAUUUAGUUCCUUUUUUUAAUCAAACUGUUAUUGACCUUUUCAUUGAGUAAUCUUGAAUUACAAAGUCAGAUUGAUCACCAAUAUCUACAUGCUAAAAGACAAUGACAUUUGAUUCAUGCACUUUAUUUAAAAAUAAAGUUUUUUUUUAAACAUG